AUGGACAUUAUGAACCUUGUAGCUGCUCUGGUCAUUUUUUUGGAAGGCGUACUUGGAAUACUGUUUAGUUCCUGUGUAAUAUUUAUUUACUUUCAUGGAUCCUCUGAUAAAACUAGUUUCAACUUGAUAUGUCUAUCCAGAGCGAUAAACAAUGUGAUUGUGCUUUCGCUGCAUUUUCUGGCACUGGAUUUUCCGACGGCAUUGUUGUCCCGAAACGUCUGGCCCCCUGGAGUAGAGUCGAUCAUUAUGAAUGGAACUGUAAAUGUCUACAUUGUGAACGAAUUUCAAACUAUACUAAUUGCAAUUAACCGAUUCAUAGCAAUGUUCGCGCCUGUUUUCUAUCAUAAACUUUUCAGCAAUAAGUUGACUUUUCUAUUCCUCCUAUCUCUUUACCUGAUCCGAGGGUACAUUAGUGUCACUCAAUUACAUGAUUAUUUUGCCAACGACUGUCUUCUUUUCCUGAAUCUCACUAGUUUUGGAGGUCAAUACGUGAAUUCAAGUUGUGAUGCUCCAUUUCCAACCGGCUUUGACGGUUGGUUCAUAAUCUUCUGGCCCUUUUGCUUGUUUGCUGUGAAUGUCCUUCUGAAUUUGAUGACGUUCACCAAGAUUCUGAAAUUCUAUUUGAAUAGAGAUGUGGAUUCAGCGAACUUGGAGCCUAUCAAGAGAAAUAUCAAGUUGUUCUUUCAAACGGUUCUUCAAGACUCAUUAUUCUUCAUCGACAUCGUUUUUACAUUUCAAUUGAGCGGUCUGAGUACUCAUCGUGCCUGGCAAUUCAUCAGCGUCGUUGGUGUAUGGGGUGCAGUUUAUAUGUUGGAUGGCCUGAUCAUGUUGAUGUUCUCGGAUAGACUCACGGUUUUAAAAUCGUCGCUGGGACUGGAAAGAAGUACAAGCAGAGUUAGCGGAGCUUCCUAA